UACUGAGUGAGCUGUGAUUGGUCACACCUUGUCACAUGGUACAAGGCUGUUGUGAAUAGCCUUGUACCAUGUGACCUCUGUGAUCAUUCACAGAUUUCACACGUAGUAAGCAAUGAUGUCACAAGUGACAUACUUGCUUACUACUUUGCAUAGGACACAGUGGGCACCGCAGUGCUGCGCGCUCCCAGGGAGCGCACACAGCGAGAAAAGGCGGGUGCCGUUUAUG